CACGCACGACCACGCACUCUCUCACUCGAUCGUAAACCGCGGCGUCUGUAAUGAAAAUGCUUAGGCAGGCAGACAGGCUGCUCGAAGAAUUCCCCUUUCUGUCUGUCUCUCUUGAAAUCGUCCGUGGAAAUAAUAAUGAUAAUGCGCGUGUGUGUGUGUGUGCGCGCGUGUGAUACGGGUCAGGUAGGUACGCACUGCAUAUGUAUGACAGCGCGAUAAACCAACCAACGCCACCUCUCGUCGUAGCCCCACGCAAAACCCCCACAAAACACGGCCGAACCAACAAACAUUAAACAAAAAAAACGACUUGCGCUCGAUUAAUAAAGAACGGAUAAUAAUAAUAUCCGUUGCAUCUUCAAAUGACUUUAUUCGUUCCGUUUGCCCACGAAAAAAGAAAAGGCGGGUCGGUUACUAACAAUAAUAACAAUAAAAACUCGUUUGGGUAGAAAAUCCUCCCGCUUUACCAUUGUUUAAAAAAAAAACCCUAUUUAAAUGGCUUUAACAGAGUCGAGAUGACUGAUGCGCCUUUCGCAUUGCCCGCGUGUAUUGGCUAACCGCAUACCACAUGGCGCUGCCACGUGACCUCGCCGUACCAGCGAGAGAGCCGUGCAGUUGUAAAUCUGUGGAUUUAUGUCGUCGUAAUUCACGGAUUUCUCCCGAGUUUUUUUUCAAAUAAAAAAGACUAACGUUUCUGCAUGCAAAUCAUUAGGGCCAAAUAUGAAUUCUGCAUAUUAUAUGAACGCUCUGUUUUCUAAAUAUGCCUCGGAAAGCUCCGCGUAUUUGUCCGCCGGAGGUUUACCCGAAGCGCCCUGCGGACCCUACCCGAGCGAGAGCUGCCCGCCUGCGAGCGCCAUCUCGGCGCCCUUAGCCGCCUCAUCCACCACCACCUCCACCUCCUCGUCGUCAUCAUCAUCAUCCUCAUCGUCGUCCUCUACCUCGUCUUCCCCUUACGCGGCAGCCAGCGCGCUCUACCAUCAUCAUCACCACCACCACCAACAGCAGCACCAUCAUCAUCAGCAGCAACACCAUCACCACCCAGCCUCUCUGUACGGAUCGUCGGGCUUUGGGCUCGAGCGUCUGGGAGCCGCCGCGGCCGCCUCGCUGCACGGCCUGCAGUACGCCUACGAGCACGGGGCUCUCCACGCCGCGGCCGCCUACGGGGACACGGCGGCAAAGCGCGGCGAUGUCGAGGUGGUGGGGACGGUGGCUGGGAAGCAGCAGCACCAGCACCACCACCACCAGCAGCUCCACCAGCAGCAGCAGCAUGCUGGGCUGCCGAGCGGAGUGCCCAUUUACCCGUGGAUGCGCAGCACAGGAGGCCACGAUGGCAAGCGAGGCCGGCAGACCUACUCGCGCUACCAGACCCUGGAGCUGGAGAAGGAGUUCCACUUCAACCGCUACCUGACGAGGAGGCGCCGCGUCGAGAUCGCCCACUCGCUCUGCCUCACCGAGCGCCAGAUCAAGAUCUGGUUCCAGAACCGCCGCAUGAAGUGGAAGAAGGAGAACAGGGGUCCGAACCCAUCGCCCGAGGAGGCUCACGAGGAGGAAGACGACGAGGAGGAGGAAGAAGAAGAGGAGAAGAAGGCCGAAUGAUGAUGAUGAUAGCGAUGGUCGUAAGAAUGAUGAUGAUAGCGAUGGUCGUAAGAAUGAUGCUAUGAUUUGUCCAUCCCGAGAUGCGCAUUUUACGUUCGACCGAUGAUUGGUGAAGAUGAUGAUUAUGGUGGUGGUGGUAAUGAUGAUGAUGAUGCCGGUGAUGACGGUGAUGGUGGAUGUGGUUUGAUGGUGAUUAUAGCGGUGGUGGUGAUGUUGUAUUGUGUGAUCCAAGGCGUGCAUUUUACAUUAACUCGCUGACGAUGGUGUGAUUAGGCCUUGUCCAAGAGUGCAUCUUGUGAUGAUGAUGGUGGUGGUGACGACGAUGGUGCUGAUGAUUAUGGUAAUUUGGUUGGCCCACGCCAUCCCGUUUUUCUUCAACCGAUUAACGAUAAUGACGACGAUGGUAACGAUUGUUGGUGGGUUGGUGAGUGGAAGUCGCCUGGCUUUAUAACCCAGCGAUCAUCAAACGCAUUCUUGAGUGACCCGAGCCAUCCACGCGUCGUGCCCUGACACGCACACCCCGUGUGUGUGUGUUUUGGCAUGUUAUAACAUAUAAUACACGGAGUCGCUUUUUUAAUUUCUUGUAAAUCAUAAACCGCAAUUUUAACUCCCCGUUUUUUGCACGCUCAGUGAACCACUAUCUGGAAUGUUCAAUAUAUACGCUGUCUUAAUUGUGUUUUAAGAAUGGUUUAACCAGCCUGGUGUCUCAGCUGUAGAGCGAGCGACUCCCAAGUCGGUGGUGUGGGGGGGGGUCGAUAAAAUUACUACCACUUUGUGACGAUGUCCACAGUGGUUGUCUUACGGAUAUAGAUUGAGUCGUCGUCGCCGCCGCCGUCAUAGGAAUGUGGAAUUUCCCGCCACUGGCUCAGGGCUUUAAAUACCGCCUCAAAGCUGCUCAUUUGAGCAUGAAUUACUACCACGAUAAUCUAAUAAUGUUUAACGCUCCAGGUGUUUCCUCGCGGAGUAAACUAUAAGUACUGUACUCAAUAGGCGACACAAAUUAGUUUCAUGUAAAACUAUUGAAUAAUAAUGAUAGCAAUACUCUAGCCCUGCUUAGAGGUAUUAGCUUUCAAAAAUAGAUCAAGGAAAUAACUACCUAGACUCGAGCAACGCCAGUACUUUAAUGAUGCUACCUAUGAAUUACUACCAGUAUAUACACGUGCAGUGUGCACACACACCGGUCGUGAUUAAACAGCAAAUGGUGUUUUGUUACAACUGUGACUCGUUAAAAAAAAAAUACAAUAUCCCCGUUGACAGAUCUGAUUAACGAUACGCAUAUAUAUACAUAGCAAGUGUGACGUUUGAUGCGCACGUAUAGGAUCUGUGACGUGUUGUGUAGAUAUAUUGCGCGUGUGUGUGUGUACGGGGCGUUUGUCUUUCUUACUUCCCCUAAGUAAUGGUUACCUCUCGAAACGUAGGGAUCACCUUUAUAUAUAAAAACCCCACACACAUACACUACCGUCUUACCUUGUAAGCUAGUCAACCACCAUAUAACCUUGCGUGUCUGUACUUUAUAUGAUUUACCAAUAGUGUGACUAUAUAUAGGAUUAUACUCCCAAAUGUGAAAGUUACAACAGAUAAUACAGAUUCAAUUCGUGUGAUUGUAAUAUUUAUUACAUAUACGUGACUUUUUUGACAAGAUUUUACAAGGCAUGUGUGUUGUCGUUGUCGUCGUCGUUGUUGUGGUUUUUGUUCUUCCACUUUGUCUGCUGCGUGUGUAUCAUCAAGGCGAGUCUGUGUCACGCGUCCGACAACAGCUGUGG